AUGCCUCAAGCAACAAUCACUGACCAGAGCUCUAUAGGUCCAGUAAGAGACUUUAUCGAGAAAACCACGGAGACUUUUACUGGAACACCAGUCUUUGGGGAUGAUGGCACCGCACACGUAGAACGCCUUCCUGGUGUUAAAAAAUACAUUGGCAGUGAUAAGGACGUUGAAGCAAAUUGGGAUGAACUUGUCCGCGAUAGGAUUUUCUAUGUCAGCGAGGAGGAAGCUAAGGCAUAUUUUCCACAUAAUUAUCAGGAAAUUUACUAUGAGAAAGGAAUGGGUUGGCAGUUUAGUCUUGAUGUGUUCCAUACUCUACAUUGUGUGAACCAAAUCCGUCUCACAUUGCGAAACAAAAACGAAGAUCCACAGUCUUUCCACAAUUACCAUAUUGAACACUGCCUCGAGAUCAUUCGCCAAGCGAUCCAAUGUCAUGCCGAUCUGACUCCUAUUCCAGGACAUGAGAUUCGCGGAUCAUCUCAGCGUAACGUAUCAUUCAAUCACUUCUUUGAUUCAGAUCAAACGCAUACCUGUCGGAAUAUCUGGACGCUGCGUAAGCUAAGGAGACAUCUCAACGAAGCUAGAAAGAAUAUGCCUUUUGCUGACAACAAUAUUUAG